GAUGAGAUAAUUUUCAAGCCUUUAGGAUACGCUUGGUUGCGAGUUGCGAUCGUCGAUAAAAAUGUGCAGAAAUUUGAUGUCCCGAUCGAGUUCUUCUUGAAAAUGGACCUCAAUUGCAGCACUGCCUUCUCGAUAGCUCCGUCUAUCUCCACCACGUAUCCUUUAUCUUUUCUCGUAUCUUCAAUUAAUCCUUAUUUUCCUUACAAGACAAACAAAUCAAACAUUUAUACUUGUUCUCGCCUAUAUAUUUAUAAUAUUGGUACAGAGAAAUUCUGGGGUAACCUCCGCAGUAAUGUUAGCAAGCCAUUUAUGAAAUACCCAGUUGGAAAAGAAUUAUCAUUACAGUUGUACAGUGAGAAAAUUAGAAAUUAUUGUAUAGAAGGAUGUGUUGAUAAGGCUAUGUUAAGUAUAUCAGAAAUGCAAGCAUUGGGUAUUUACCCUAAUUUAUAUUGCUAUUAUUGUUUGAUUGAGGCAUUGGGAAGUGUUGGUAGAACCCUAGAGGCUGAAAUGAUGUUCCAAGAAAUGAUUUAUUUUGGAUUGAGACCUAAUGUUAGGAUUUUUAAUGUUUUGAUUAGAGGGUUUUUGAGAAAAGGGUUGUAUGAACUUGCUAAUAGAACUUUAAGGGUUAUGGAAGAACUGGGUAUCUGUAAAAGUCAAGAUACAUUUGAGAUUUUUUUGGAUUAUUAUGUUAGUUCUAGGAGGUUAAGUGAUACAUGGGCAAUUAUCGGGGAUAUGAAGAAGAAGGGUUAUCGGUUGAAUUCGUUUGUAUAUAGUAGAGUGAUUGAACUUUAUAGAGACAACGGGAUGUGGAAGAAGGCAAUGGAAAUUGUUCGGGAGAUAAGUGAGAUGGGCGUAGCGAUGGAUAGACGGAUAUAUAAUAGUAUUAUUGAUACAUUUGGGAAAUAUGGUGAGUUAGACGAAGCCAUGGAAGUUUAUGGGAAAAUGCGUGGAGAAGGGAUAAUGCCUGACAUAGUGACAUGGAAUUGUUUGAUCAAGUGGCACUGUAAGGCGGGAGAUUAUACGAAGGCUCUUGAUUUGUUUACUGAAAUGCAGGAUCAGGGAAUGAAUCCUGAUCCUAAGAUUUUUAAUAUCUUGAUCAGUCAGUUAGGAGAUCGUGGAAAGUGGGAUUUAUUGAAGGAAAAUUUUGAGAAUAUGAAAUACAGGGGUAACAAAAAGAAUGGAGCAGUGUAUGCUGUUCUUGUUGACAUAUAUGGGCAGUAUGGGAAAUUUCAGGGUGCAGAAGAUUGUAUUUCUGCCCUAAAAGCAGAAGGUGUUGAGAUGUCAGCAAAUGUAUAUUCCGCUAUGGCUAAUGCUUAUGCCCAACAGGGAUUAUGUGAAGAGACUGUGAAAGUUCUUCAAAUCAUGGAAGCCGAAGGUAUUGAACCUAAUGUUAUUAUGCUCAAUAUCUUGAUCAAUGCAUUUGGCAUUGCUGGAAGACAUCUCGAGGCACUCUCUAUAUACCAUCAUAUUAUAGAAAGUGGGAUUAGUCCUGAUGUUGUUACGUACACCACUCUCAUGAAAGCUUGCAUCAGGGCGAAGAAGUACACUAAGGUUCUCGAACUAUACGAGAAAAUGGAGUCUGUUGGGUGUACACCUGAUAGGAAGGCCAGGGAGAUGCUGCGGAUUGCACUUAUGCACCUUGAACCAAUUUUCUGAUCGAUCUUAUCGUAAGCUUGUCUUCAUGAGAUUCAACAUUGAGACCCCGUAGUCUUCAAGUUUUCUCAAGUCGAGUUGGAGCAUAGACAGGAUGAAGACCAUGGGAAACUAAUGGUUCGGACAAAAAUGGUUCACCCCUGCUUGGUAAACGUAGAGUGUACCAAUCAGGCUAAUGUCUCAAGGAGUUCAAAUUGCACUUAUUGUCCCAACUUCACUCUGCACCCUCUCUAUAAGACAAGCUUCUUCUCUUUGAGUACAUAUAUUAGAUCCUUCCCUAUCAAAUAAUUUUCUGCAGAAAUACGAUAAUGCGGAUUAGGUGAUCAUAACUCGAGUUUCAGACAGGGUUUCUGUACAGUCUGCCGAAAUUGGAUUGAGGACUUUGGGUUUGUCUGUCUACAUUGAUCGGACCUAGCUCUUAAUGUAAAUCCGGGUCAUUAUCUACAUCAAAGCAGUUGGAGCCAUGGAGGUCAGUCGUCACCAUUGAUGAGUAUCUAAGAUUAAGUCUUGGAUGUUUAUCAAAUAUGUCAUUAAUUUCAGUUUUUAAUUUUGUAUUUUUAUCUAAACGUUUGUAUAUAAUUUUGACGUAUUUUAUUUGUGCUUCUCUAUUUCUUAGGAAAUAAAAAUAUGUUAAGAGUGGAAAUUAUAGUUUCUGUAAAGAAUUAGAUCAAGUUGCGUAAGCUCAAUCAAUCAAAUUUUGGCAUUGUA